UCGAGAUUUUUUUUUUUAAAAAAAAAAUGCCAAAUAAUAAACGACAUACGUUCAAACAAAUCAAAAAUAAGAAAUCAAUAAUUCACCCUUCUAGUCGAAAAGCAGCUCAACUUCAAAGAAUAUCUUUACGUAAAGAUCGGUUAGAAAGGGGUAAAACUCAAAGAUUAUCAGAAAGGGUUAAACCGAUUGUCGAACGUUUAUUAUGGUUUAAGUAUGCAUUUGACGAUACACUCCCGUGUGCAACAAAAGCUGAAGUUUAUGAUUUAAUCGAAAUGUUUAUUAAUCGGAAUGAUGACGAGAUAUUGAGAUUAAAAUCAACACAUAAAGUCAAUUCAUCUAAAUAUUUUUAUUUAGAAUCAUUGAAAUUGAAGGAGAAAAAAGAAUAUAUAGAAGGUUUUGAAAUUCCAGAUUUUAUGAAUCCGAAAAAUGUCAAAUUAUUAAGACAAUGGGAUGGGGAUAUUAAUUCUAUGACAAGAAUUAAAAUUAUAAGAAUAGAAGAUCCCAAUAAUAUAAAUAAUUUAAGAACUACAGCACAAAUUAUUGAUGAGAAAAGAAAAUUGAAUGAAAAAUUCAAACAAAUCAAACAAGAUUCUCUAGAAAAUAUUAUGGGAGAUUUUAAGAUGAGUCUUGAACAAGUGGAUCUUAAUGAACAAUCAAAUAUUGAUGAAAUUGUUAAUUAUAAUUUACUUGAUGAUAUUAAUGAAAAAUUGAUAAUUUAAUAAAAAUCCGCAGUUAUAUAAUCGACUCUACGAUUCUAAAUUUUUUGUGUUUCGAGUAUUUUAAGUAUUGACAAGUAUGAUGAGUAUUUCAAGUAUUGAUAGGAGUCCAUUUACAGUUCACCGACUCCAAAUUCCAGAAAAAUAUAUUAAGUAUAUUUGUGUACAAUUAAUUACAAACGUCUGGUUACGUUAGGGAAAUUAGUGGUACAUGGAUAUAAAUUAUGCACAAAUUUAAUUUGAAUUUUCGGUCAAAUCAUCCCUUAUUUUCGGACGGGAAGCCCUAAAAAGAAUUAAUUAUUAUAUUAUGUUUAUAUUUGUAUCGAAGUUCAAAAGAUUGGAUCACGUGAACUCUUAAAAUACGCGUAGCAAUACGAAAGAAAAGAUGAAAAUUUUUAA